ACCCAGCCCAUACUAUCCACGGGCCACGGUUGACUUGUGACCAUGAACGCAAAUCGACAUUGGCAUCAUCAUCAUCAUUGGUAUAGUUUUCUUUCAUAUGCGAUUUUGUGACGGUUCUUCGUUAUUCCUUUGUGUUUUCGGUGUAUUUUUGCAAGCCGUUGAUGUUUAGCUGUACCUCCCAAAUACGUUUUGGAGAUUUUGCAUGUAUCCUCGUAAGAAGAGUCCGGACGACGAGAAUAACAAACACCCGUCUUCCCCCACCACCGGUGGCCCACCCCACCACCAGCAUCGCCGCGGAGGCGGUGUGCUAAGCGCCGUUGUAGGCGGAGUCAAACGCACUACAUGCGUAACGAGAGGAGUGGCUACGUCGUUCGGCUUUAGAAGGGGCGGGGCGACGGGCGGCGGUAGCGCUGUUGCCGCUCGCCGAUUGGCCACCGCGCAUCGGCAGGACGGGAAUGGGAACGACGAUGAGACGGAGCCAUUGGCUACGGGGGCGUUACAACCUGGCAGGACCACGCCCAGGCUGGUACCGCCCAAAAAGGAUGCGCUUGGGGCUAAAGGAGCCAGGUUCGGAUUCAGACAGACGCAAAGCAACAGGCAGAACAAAGUAGCGGAUCUGAACACGCCUUUGGAGAUAGUCAAUCAAAACUGCAACAACAACAUGUUGAAAAGAACGGCAGCACCUUUGGGGAGAACGACCGUUAUGCCCACGGAUAAUAACAGGAACAAUAAUAGGGUGCUGAAACCUGCUACACAAACACAGGUUGGUAGGUACACGCUUCAAUCCACCCAGCUCCCCAGGCCUGAAUCCGUCAGACUGAUCGAAACAAAAUCGGCGAAAACAUUGGCCAACGUCAACAAACGAGCUGCUGGUAUGUAUCAACACCAUCAACAAUACAGUCCCGAGGAUUCCACGUCAAAAGAUGGAUCGUUGACUGAAGAUUCAGGAGUUGGAAGUCACUCCAGCACAGUUUAUCCUGGAGAAAACGAUCCGUUAACAGGCCUGGAGCAACUUGAGUCGUCACCUAAUUUCGGUGCCAGAAGGAGAAACAGUCAGAGGUGCAGGAAACUUGAAAUAAUAGUGUCGCCUAAGAAGACGUUUGACGUGAAAGAUGUGGACGAUUCCAAUGAUUCCUGUGACAGUAUUCCACCACCACCUUUGCCACAAUUACCUAGUGCGUUUAAUAUGCCAGACAAUAAGAAGAGACCAUAUCAAACCGGCCUAGUAAGAGAGCGUACCAUGGAGUACCAUCAAAACAUAGAGUGGGACAACCAGCGUGGCAGCUCACGAAAAAUCUCAGUGACUUCAUCGGAGGGAUUCAGUGACGACUACGGGGAUGAGGAGAAGACGUUCAGGGACUCGUUCAGGAGCGAGAAAACGUUCUUCAAAUCAGGGACCGGACAUAAAGCGUUCCUUAAGUCGAGGACGGAUAAUAAGGGAGACUCUAGCCCGCCAAGUUCGGAUGAACCUGACUGGAUUCACGGUGGCGAAGCCAUGGCAGACGAGACCAGUGUCUCAUUCAGCUCAAGUGACGAAAGCAGAGAUAAGAACCGAGAUCGAGACGAUUGCAGAUUGGAUCCCGAUCCUAUCCCAAUUUCAGCGGCAGCGCUCCAUAAUCUUAUGACAUGCAGCGCCACUAGCGGCGGGAGCGCGAGUCUCGCCUCCAGGUCAUUCACUACCACAGCGUCCACCGUCUCUGUGGAAAUGCAAGAUGACAGGUUGAUUAUCGAAGAUCAUAGGUUUGCGGCUGUUGCAGCUGCUGCUAGUAAUACAGAAUCUCUCCUGGAUGACGAAACCCUUCUAUCUCCAACCGACAGUAUCCUGAGUUGCACGGAGUCCGAGGAAAUAAGAAAGACCAAAGAACGAAACUCCUCCAACUCAAAAGAUAUCAACGAGAAACCGUCAUGUUCAUCGCCUGGAACUCCUACAAACGCCUCGAACUCGCUGUCGUUGUCUGAUGGAAAAGACGAUUUUUUGAUCGAUGAUGAAAUUGCUGAUCAACCGGCUCUGGUUUUUGAAGAUAACAUGACAGCAGGUACGUAUUUUUAUAGCUUUCAAUAUGUAUUCAUUCACAAAUAUAGCAUUUGGAUAUUUUAAAUCAUACUUGUUUUAAGCUUUCAUCAACAUUUUCCACAUACUACGCCAAUAGGGGAUAUGCAUGUAUUCUGUAGUUUCGAUUAUUUACGUGAAUAUAAUGCCAUAAACAAUAAAAUAUUUAAUAG